GUCUAUUUCAUUUGUCAGACGAAUCUUUCAAAAUGUCUACAGUUACGAGAACAGAAACUCAUGCCUCUAUUAGACCCGAAAUACGUUUUGAUACUGAAUAUCUCAGGACAAUGAAUGGAUAUUUGAAAGUUGUACUUGUGCUGCUUGGACUCAUCAAUAUUAUUCUAAUCAAUGCAUCAUCCCUCACUUUCGGAUACUACAAUUUUGUCAUCGGAUUUGCUUGGUUCUUUACAAUUGGAAUGCUACUUUUAUAUUUGUUCCACAUACCUGAGAAAUUUUAUACACUGCCAUGGCUUCCUGCUGAGCUCGGAGGAAUUUGUCUGAUGACUUUACUCUACUUUAUUGCUUCACUUAUUUCAGUCCUUAAACCGAAUGUUCUUGCAACUUUUGCUGGAUUAUUUGGACUCAUCACAACUGGUGUUUACUUCUUUUCUGGAUUUUUGAAGUUCAAGCAAUGGAAAAGUGGUGAAUUGGCCCAAGGAACUUUACUUAGCAGAUCUACAACAACAUCAACUCAUCCAAACAUUCAAACAACUCCAUCUGCUUUUCCUGCUUAGACAAAAACUUUAUGAAUUAUUUUAAUUUAAUUAGAUUAGAUUGUUUGCUAGGAAUUAGAUGCUUUGAUUAGCAAAAUAAAGAAAUAUUAUGAAUCAGGAA